CCACCACUGACUACCAGACAGACAGACAGACACAGUAGGCUGCAGGAGUCGCCAGGCUGGUUUAGCAUAGAAGACUGUCAAGAUUCCGUUCAUGCAAAACAUAGCGGUUAGCCGAACAUCAGACGGGGAAUAAAUAGCCUUCAUCAUGUCAAAGAAUACGGUGUCCGAUCGUUUCCGUAAAGUGGAUGUGGAUGAAUACGACGAGAACAAGUUUGUGGACGAGGAAGAGGGAGGUGAAAACCAGCAGGGUCCAGAUGAGGCAGAGGUGGAUUCUCUCAUCAGACAAGGGAACCUUAUGGGUGCCCUGCAGGCAGUAUUAAAAAACCCACCAAUCAACACCAAAAAUCAGAACGUCAAAGAUCGCGCUGAAGGUCUAGUGUUGAAGGUGCUCAGCUCCUUUAAGAGCACUGAUAUAGAGAAGGGAGUACAGUCUCUGGAUAAAAAUGGAGUAGAUCUGCUCAUGAAAUACAUCUACAAAGGCUUCGAGCGGCCGUCCGAGAACAGCAGCGCUGUCCUGCUGCAAUGGCAUGAAAAGGCUCUCUCUGCAGGUGGAGUGGGCUGCAUCGUGAGGGUCCUAACAGCCAGGAAAACAGUGUAAACUCCUACGGGUUAGCAUAGCGCUCAUAAAAACACAACCCAGCAGUAGGAAAUCCUGCUGAGACACUCAAAAACAAAGUGAAGAUUUCCCACAGGGUGCUGAAGAGGUCCUCUCAUCUGAUUUCAAUGCAUUUUACCCUCUUCUGUUAUAUCACUCUUAACUCAUAUAGUCGAAAACGCAUAACCGUGCCAUCAGCCGUACGCUAGAUUUAUCGUAGCUUCUCAGGAAUACUUUUAUAUGCUCUUCUGUAUAGUAUUCAUCAACCUGUUAAAAAAGUCCUCAGCAAAAUCUGUUUGAUUUUCUUGUCAGAUGGAGUCCUCUCAGUAAUUGUGACUUUUCCUAAUGCUGUUAUAGAGUAUUAAUGUCCUGUCUUAAUGUAUCUGUGCCAGCAUUCCAAAGCACUUAUUGCUGUGGACCAUUGUUAUUGUAUGUGUCAGAAUGCACAUGUCUGUAUCCAGUGUGUGUCAGGGGGCAUUUUUAAGCCAAUCAUGAUAAAUACUGCCUCAAAGCAGAUCAUUACUGAUCCAGUCUGAUCUGAGACGUAUCGUCUGAUCACAGGGACCUGCCUCUACAAUGCAGUUAUACAGAAAGACAAAAUGCAAACACUCAAUAAACCAAACUGGUAUAUGA